AAACAUAUCAACUUCCAAAAUGUUCGUUAUUGCUUUGCCUUUUCUUGUUACUAUUGUUUCUUCUACUGAACUAACUACCCUCUUGAAAGGUCGUAAUAUGACCAGUAUAGAAGAGCGCCUGUCCAAUCUGGAAAACACGCUAGAACGUCGACUACUGGCCACAGAGCGCGUGUUGGGACAGCUUCUGACUGGGAGAAGUGAUGCUGAUUUAACAAAUGUAGAUGUUCUCUCUCUUAGAUCUGAUAUCGUGAACAGCCACUUGACACCUGUGUUAUUUUCUGCAUAUAAGUCUUCUACUGAAGGCAGCAUAAGUACAAAAGUAACAAUCCGAUUCGAUAAAACGUACAUCAACCUUGGGAACCACUACCACACAGAGGAUGGUAUCUUCAUUGCUCCAGUGACGGGUGUCUACAUGUUCCACUGGACCAUUGCCACUGGUAGCAGUGCCUUCUCCACUCAGUUAAUGGUGGCUGGUACCCCCCGUGCUUCCAAUUUAAUUCCUCAUCCGGGUGGUUCAAACUCCGCUUCAGCGAUGGUAAUUAUCAACGUCACGAAAGAUGACCAUGUAUGGAUCCAGCUAUACGGUUCUUCAGAGCAUGUGUAUGGGGGUAGCAAUUCAAUCGGAUAUUCCUACCAAUCUACAUUUUCUGGAAUCUUCUUACGCAAGUCUUAGGGUCUACUUGUAGCUUGUUUUGCUACCUUAUAUUUUUCACAUACCACACAAACGUAGGUUACUAUCACUAUGACUUUGUAUAGAUACAUGUAUUAAAAAUUGUAUGUAAAAACGCAAAUAUUGAUACAACAUACCUGUCAGAUUGACUCAAAAUGUUUUUUUUCUGUGUUCAUGUCUCAUUGUCAAUACAAAAAUUAAAAUCAGACAA